AUGAAUCGUGAACAAUACCAAGGUCCUAGUGCACCGCAACAAAAAGCAACCCAACAGAUGCAUUAUUUAUGCGCCGGAACCGCUCCGAUGCAAGGAAUGCGGGCAUCGUAUAAUGUACAAAAUGAGGACCAAAAGAAGUAA